UUCACAAGCAAGGGCAGAGAAGAAGGAACUUCAAGAACAACAGCCCAAAAAUGCUAUCUUAACUGCAUGGAGAAAGGUGGCUCAUAUUUUCAAGAAGGCCUCUUUAUUGUUAGGAGUUUCCUUUCAAGAUGACAAGUGGCACAAACUCUUCAGAAUCUGGCUUGUCCUCAAAAAAAAAUUCUAAAAUAUAUGACAACUACUUGAAAGAAAUGAAUGAGGAUUUAAAGUUAAGGAAGCAGGAGCUUCUAGAGAUGCUGAAACCUCUGGAAGAUAAGAACAAUCUCUUAUUGCAGAAGGUAAUGGCGAACUUGGAGGAAAAACAAAAGAGUCUGCAGAUAAUGAGGCAGAUCAUGGCAGGGAGGGGAUGUGACGAAUCUUCAGUCAUGGAGCUUGUUAUGGCACCAGAGGAGAGGAAACCGAACCUGACAUUCGAGUCAGAAGAGCUCCGUGAUCAACAGAAAGCAUUACUAAUGAAGUCCAAGGCAGACAUGCAAGACAGAAAGGCUCAGAAAUCCCCCUUAUCACUUUGGAAGGCCAAGAGUGAGCCAGAGACAUCGGAUGUGGACAAAGUGGACAACAUCAGGAAGGAAAAGCAACAGAUGAAAAUAAAAUGGGUCAAAUAUGAGGAACAACCCAACAUCCUUCAGAAUGGCUUUCUUGACAAAGUGAUUGAGCUGAAAAUUGAAGCCUUGAGGAACUUCCAGAAGACCAAUGACUUUAAAUCAUCACUGUACCUACAACACAAUUUUGAGACAAAGCAAGGAGCUUUGACUCUUCUGAGGUCUCAAGGUGCUACAACUAUGGAGAGAGCAACAACCAACAGAAACGAACUUGAUAUGAGAAUCCCAGGAUCAAAGAACUACAUAGAACAACAAGGAGGAACUAGAGAAAAGUCAGUAUGAUGAUGUAGGACAGAGGCUCUUUUUUCUGAAGUCAAUGCCAGAUGAAGUUCUGAAGGAUUAGAAGGUUUUCCCUACAUUUGCUUUGGACAUUAUUUGAAGACUAGAUACAGCCUUUCUGUUCACUAAAAUCUCUCACACCUUUAUAUUAUUAGGUCUGUCCUUCCAUUCUACCACCAAACUGG